AAUAUUUAAAUCCAUUGGUGGUACUUCAGUUUACUGAAACCGUUCAUGUUUGGUCACUCUCCGUCCAACUCCGUUAACUUUUGCUUACGUGGCAGUCAACUCUAAAAAUUGACCGUUAAAUGUGUGACGUGGCAAUUAAAAAAUAAUAAAAAUUUAUAAGAUCACUUUUUUUUAUUUUCCACCUCAAUUAUAACUAUUAAGAAAAAUAAAAAAGUCAUUUCACCUUCUCCAAUCACUGCCUCACCACCACCUCCUUCCCCGGCAGCUACCUCAAAGCCAACCUCCUCACAUUCGCUGAUACCCAGCAAUCCAAAAAUUCAAGUACACAAUAACCUCAGACCCACUCAACAUCAAAGCCUCAUGGGUCGUUUGCGAUGUCUGCACCUACCGCAGCUUCUUCUGCGACAGCCCGCUCGACAAUGCCUCGGCCACCGCCGCAUCAAUCGACUUCAACGGCUUCGGCCUCUCCGCCCUUUCUUCCACGCAGGGUCAGAGGCCACCAAAGGGAAGAUGAAUCCGACUUCCGACUUUCGCUCCCCUCGCGAUUGAGACGGUCACGACGCACAUACAACCUCGAUUGCCGAUUUGCCGCCGUCCAUUACGUUUACCCUUAAUUAUCUCGUGGGCAAAUGAGUGAGCGGCGCUGAGAUUUCUCGGGCGAAGGAAUGAGCGGUGACCUCUAGGGAUUUGAAAGCGUUGGUGGCGAUCUCGGGAGCGAAGGAAUGAGCGACAGAGUGAUCUCACGAGCAAAGGAGUGAGUGGCGAUGGGUAGAGAUUUGGAAGAGUGGCGGCGAUCUUGCCGGAGAAAGAGUGCACGGCGACUGCGAGCAGAGAGGAGAGAGAGAGAGCUGUAUCAGAGGGACUUGUUCAGUCUUCACCGGCUAGGGAACGCGGUGACAAGAAGAGAGAUCGAGAGUCGCCGGUGGGGGAAAAUGUACGGAUGGACGACUAAGGCUUGUGAGAUUAUAAAAAAUUAAAUUUUUAUCUUUUAAUAGUUGGAAAUUAGGUGGAAAACUUAAGAAAUUAAAUUUUAUUUAUUUUAUUAUUUUUUAAUUGUCACGUCACACAUUUAACGGUCAACUUUUAGAGUUGACUGCCACGUAAGCAAAAGUUAGCAGAGUUGGACGGAGAGUGACCAAACGUGAACGGUUUCAGUAAACUGAAGUACCACCAAUGGAUUUAAAUAUUUCGAGUGACCAAACUUGAACGGUUUUUAUAAUCUCAGUGACCAAUCAUGCAAUUAACCCGCGAAGGAUUGAACGCCACCAAUGGGGAGACCACCCACUGCCCAACAAUUAUUUUAUAUUGGGAUUUUUAUUGAAUUGGGGCAUAAAAUAAUUAAAAUCAAAAUUAGAAGUAUUUAUGAGUAAAUGAGAGGUAAUUUAGUCAUUUCACCGGCCCUUUAACGAUUACUUAACAGAUAAUUGGAUGAAAAGGUAAACUUGUUACGUUUUAAUAUUAGAAGGGUACAUUUGUGCAAAAUUUUAGUAGAGGGGUAUGUUUGUUAAUUUAAGAUAGUAUAGGAGUACAAAAUACUAUUAACCCUUUUUACAAAUGAAAAUCAUUCGGACUAGAAUUUCUACGCUAAAUUUAGAGUAGUGGUAUGGAUAUGUUCAUCUAGACCAUUUUCCUAGUUACACAAAAAUUAUCCAGGGACGGCGCCAGGAAUAUUAUAGAGCACCUCCAUCCAUGCAAUUGCAAAAGAAAUUGCAUUUGUGUUUUUUAUUGUCAACUCAAAUUUUUUGCAAUCCACAUCACAUUCAUUUCAUUCACCUACAUCAAUGCAAUUAACUUGCAAUUGCAAAUGUAAUUAAAUAUUAUGUUUAAAUUAUAGAAAAUUAAGUAAAACAGAAAAGAAAAUAAUAUAAAGUAUAAAAUGUCCAUUUUUUAGGCUUUUUUGACUUGCAUAUGGAAUUGCAUUUGUUGCAAGCUUGCAAAUAUGCAAUUGGUAGCCAUAUCAAUGCAAUUGGGUUUGCAAUUGCAAACACCUUAGGGGGGAGGAUAAUUAAGAGGUUUGGCAUGGAAUGGUGAAAAAUAAUUUAUGAUUUCAAUAGCAAUAUUGACUAUAAUUGUUGAGAUAAACUUAUCGAAUUUUAUGUUGAUUGACUAGUCUCAACUUUAAGUAAACCACAUAAAUCGUCAUGUCACUCACUUUUCAAACAAUCUUUCGAUUUUUAUUGUAAGAGCUAAAUGAUAAAUGUGAUUAUGAAGUAAUUCUAAAAAAGAAAACAUUUCGGAAAAUUUUGCAAAUAAAUUCUUGUUGUCUAAAGAAAACAUCUAAACAGGCGAAAAGAAAUAACCAGUCGAUAAACUCAAGGAAACUACUUAUUUUAUGAGCCAAUAAUUAACAUAUCUGAAUUGUAAAUAUAUAAAUUCACUUGAUGUUUGUCUCAAAUGGAUGUUUACGUUUGAUAAGAUAAGAUAACGAAAUGAGUUAGAAUGGUAUUAUUAUCAAAUUGUCAAACAAUGAUAUUAUGAGCAAGUAACUAUCAUUACCAAAUAAGAAUGAAAAUCAAAUUAAUAUAUAUAAAUCUGAAGUUAGGUUACUGUUACCUAAUAAUUUACAAUUUGAUAC